AUACCAUUGCUUUUGAUUAACAUCCUCAAUUGCUCUUCCAUAUCAGAGAUUUGAUAAGAACUACUAGGUAGGUGAUCAUAUAUAUAGUACCCAUCUGCUCUAUCUGUAUGUUAUUGGGUAACACUUACGCUAUGACAAGAGGAGGGGUUGCAAAAUCAAAGAUAUUUCUUCUCAGUACAUGCCGGGUAGCUAAGCGAGUUGAACAACGCUACUUCAGCAAGCUAAGUGGAACUGCUGAAGGAGUAAGCAGAAAGGAGGAGAGUCGAAAGCGGCCGGAAAUGGAGAGCCCUAGUACAUGGAGCAGCAGCUGGGUUCCGGAUCCACGCACCGGAAUAUAUUUUCCGAAAGGGCAUGAACGGGUGAUGGAUGAUAUCCCUAAAGGAGCAGCUUCCCUUAAUAACCAGACAUUCUGGCUGAGGAACCUGGACGGUGUCCUUGAGAAACCCGACCCGGAUACUUCCCCUGAUCAUUACUACCAAAUGCGUAUGUGAAAGAAAGAAUCGGUGCUCGUUGAUCUUUAUAUGUGGCUGACUAAUUCAGAAGGGUACUAGCUAGCUAAGUUUAAUUUCAUGAAGUGAUGAAACCAGUGAAUACUACUAUGGGGACUUGAAAUAAUUAAGCUUAACAUGUAUAAUUCUUAUAUGCAUUUGCAUGUUGUUGUACUUAGCUGCAAGAUCUUUGUG